AUGUCUAACACUAAAGACCCGUGCCUAGAAGGGGAAACUAUCGAAGAUACACAACGUCCCGCUGACGACAUCGAUUGGUCGCAAUUUCACGACAUGUUUCUAAACAUCGAGCAGCGUUUGCCGAAUUUCGAUCAUAUGUUAAUGGCCAUGAAUAAUUACGCAUACCAGAGAUUUUCAAGUCUAAGACAAUCAAAUGAUUUGACUGAAUUUUGUGGGGUGAUUAAAAAAGGUGUUUUUGAUUGGUAUGCAAGUAAUAUCAAUAAUGAAAUUAGAGUACCGGAUUUUGUGGAUUUGACAAAUCAAGUUUUUGAUAAUGACAUAUUAAUGAGAGUUGACAAGAAACUAGUUACUAAUACAAUUAGUAAAGGUACUAACACGGAUAUUAAUAAAGACAUUAGUAACAUUACAAACUCAAGUGCUAAUACAGAUACUUGUAAUAGUACAAACACAAGUACUAAUAUAUGUUCUCAUGCAAGUGCUAGUACGUGUUCUUAUAAAAGAGCUAGAACAAGUCUAAAUACUUAUUCAGUGAUGACGCCAAAUAACAAACAUUCUAAAAGUGAAUUAGAAGCUUUACCACAGUUAACUAAGACAAAUGGUGAUACUGAUCAACAUUUUAAAAUAAUAAUGCCGAAUAUAACUGUUGAUAAUAUUUUUACAAGAAAAAGACUUACUAUCAAUCAUGAUUUGUAUCUUGGAAAUGAUUAUGAACGACAUUGGUGGAAACAAACAAAUAAUAAAAUUAUUUUAAAUGUGGAUAUAUCUGACUUAGUUGACUGUAUUCCAAAUAUCAAAGUUGUGGUAACCAUAACUGGUUUUAAGAUUAAAAUAAAACGUUCCGAUAAGUGGACUGUUCUUGUAUCAAAUAAGUUUGUGAAAGCUAUCAACAAAUGCAAAUGGGUAAUCAAUAAACUCAUGCAUGUCAAAUUAACUAUUAAUAAAAGGGAAAAUGAAUACUGGAGUAAUUGCCUUGUUACUGAAACAAAAGAACUAGAUACAUUAAAUUUUAAAAAUCAAUCUUCUAAUGUGUGCAAUUCAUCUAAAAUUGAGUCACAGAAAUUAAAAAUGAGUUCAACGAAAAAAGAAUGUCUGGCAUCUUUAACAAAAUUUCUCCGAAACGAAUAUGGCAUGGAUAAUUUCGAUACAUUUAUAAAAGGAAUAGUUCAACCUACAGUAACCAAUCCUGCUCAGACUGUAGAUAAAUUGCAAGAUCCUACUAUAACUUUGAAGUUGUCUGUUAAUCCAAAUACAGAUAAGUCCCUGAACUCUGAUUCUGAAGGUCCACCGAAUACAGAAUUAUCUUCUAUGGACACUGAAGUUCCACUAACAUUAGCAGAGUCAUCUAACUCUGAAGUCACUCAAAUUCAGUCAGAACCUUCAAUAGAUUUAGAAUCUGUUAAAUCCUUUUCACAUCAUUAA